AGUAGGACCUGCCGUGAUACGUGUGCACGAACUUGUGUGGGAUGCUGGCGUUGCAUUUAGGCGUAACCAAUAAUAAUCCCUCCAGCUGGAGGUGAAGCCUGCCUUCAUUUGUGCUUUGCUGUUGAAUUCCUACGUUGGGAUAAUCUCUGCAUUUUGGACAACUUUACAUCAGGAUAAGGCUAAAUGCUAUCUCGUUGCCAGGCGAGUUUGAAAUCGACAGUCUGUAUAUCGACAGGACACAAUAUGGGCGUGCGACUUAACCAUAAGCUCUCGAACAGCAUGUUGGCUUCUGUACCGAUGAAUCAUGUCCGGCAUGCGGCCUGUAUACAUCGGGGGCCGCUGUAUGCAUCGGCUGUGCCGCGACAUACUCGCCACGCGAAGACCUUUUGUUUAGCUACUGCCCAAAUAUUGGAUGGACCCCAUACACUGCCAUCUGUGCAGCUGUCGGUUCCGACGGGCGACGUACUCUCCACGCCUGACGCUUGCGUGCAGGUUGCCGUACGUCAACCCUCCUACGCCGUACAAGUGCUGUACCGCAGUCGUGGUCGGCCGCUUGAGGGUGCUGUCCGCGUGUGGGCGCACAUCGGUCACAGCGGCUGGCGGGAUACACAGGACGUGGAGCUGAGCCGGGAGGAGGGAGAGGAGGAGGUGUGGCGGGGCACCUACCAUGUCCCCGUGGCCCGGCUGACCGCCCCCUGGCGCCUGGAGGUGCAGCUGGUGUUCCGGGGGCGACUGGCCGGGGCAGGAGCGGGAGGGGAAGGAGCAGGGGGAGAGGGAGCAGGAGGGGAAGGAGGAGUGAUCAGUAGUGGUAGCUGG